AUGGGUUCCGCCGAACAUGAACGGUACGUCAACUUCAUUCUUCCGAAACUACCGAAGGACUACCAAUUCGAUGAAACAGUUCGGAAAUUGGGGAUCCUGUUUGGUGCUGCUGAAUCGCUCAUCAGCAAGCGGUAUCGUUGCCUGCAGACUACAAAAAAGUCCACCGAAGAUUACGUUUCGUUUUCAUGCCGUGUAAACAAGAACGCGGUCGAUUUUGAACUGUCUAAAUUGACGGAGGAGCAGUUCAAAUGUUUAUUAUUUGUUUGCGGCAUGAAAGCGGAGUGUGAUGCAGAGGUGCGUACUAGACUGUUGGCAAAAAUAGAGGACCGGAACGACGUGACCCUGGAGCAGCUUUCUGAAGACUGCCAACGGCUGAUGUGUCUGAAGAGAGACACUGCUAUGAUCGAGGGAACAUCCGGAUCACCAGCAGUGCAGUUCGUGGAGCGGAAUUAUAAUCGGAAACAAAUUUCCAAAAGUUCUCCGAAAAAAGUGAAUUCCCCCAAAAACAUUCCCCCAACACCUUGUUGGAAGUGCGGCGCAAUGCACUACACUCGUGAGUGCCCGUACAAGGACCACAAGUGUAGUGAUUGUGGCAACAACGGACACCGUAACGGUUAUUGUUUAUCCGAAAACAAAAGUGCAAAGCCCUAUCACAAGAACAAAAAUAAAACUUUUCGGGCGAAUGCAGUGAAAGUGAAUGCAGUGCAGCAAAAACGAAAAUUUGUUCAAGCUGAUCUUAACGGUGCUGAAGUGCAACUGCAGUUGGACACUGGAUCCGACAUCAGUGUGGUAUCGAAGCGUGUGUGGGAGAAAAUCGGGAAGCCUUCCACCACCCCUGCACUAGGUAAUGCAUCUACGGCUUCUGGUGCCCCCCUCCAGCUCCUUUUCAAGUUCCAGUGUGACGUCAACGUAAAUGGCCAGCAGCGCCGUGGGACAUUUCACGUGGUCGACAAAUCGUUUAACGUGUUCGGAAUCGAUUUGCUUGACACUUUUGGACUCUGGUCUGUGCCGAUUUCUACUUUUUGCAACCAGAGUGUCAAACCAUCCACAUCGUCGGAGUCAUUUGAGGCAGCACCACGUUCCAAACAUUCAGCAUCCAGCACUUCACCACAGCACAAUCGCACAGCAAGGCUGAACCAUUUCAGGAAAAUCGAGAGGGGAGAAGUUCGGUUCCAAUAA